GGAUGUGGCAACCCUCAGUUCUGCAGGAGGAUGUGUUGAGUAUGGAGGAGAAUCAGAUGAGUCUCACGGCGCGGUGAUUCACUCACACAGUGAUGUGUGGACGUGUGAAGGACAGCAGGUGCUGCGUUUGAAGCUCCUUUAAUAUCGCUGCACUUCUCCAUCACGACACCCUUCCUUUCUGUUCUGUAUCUGUCCCUUUUCCCAUUCGUUCAUCCCUACAUCAUUCCUUCUACACGCACAGCAUCAGGAUGCCGCCACCAUCAGACAUUGUGAAAGUGGCCAUUGAGUGGCCAGGAGCUAACGCACAGCUCAUCGAGAUCGACCAGAAAAAGCCGCUCUCCUCCAUUAUAAGAGAAGUGUGUGAUGGAUGGUCUCUAUCUGGUUCAGAGCAGUUUGCUUUACGCUAUGCUGAUGGAGCUCAGCUUUAUAUCACCGAACAGAGCCGUGGAGACAUUAAGAACGGCACCAUCCUGAGAUUAGCCAUCUCUCCGACCCGAGCGGCUCGUCAGCUACUUGACAGGAUUCAGUCUCUAAGCAUCGACGCACGUCUGGAGGCCCUGAAGGAACUGGCCAAGCUCUCAGCCGACCCCACCUUCGCCACUGAGUUCAUUAACAUUGAGGGAAUUAACACACUGGCUCGACUGGUGGAGAGCGGCACACAUUUUGGUGAGAUGCUAGCCUUCACACUCACUGCAUUUCUGGAGCUGAUGGAUCACGGCAUUGUUUCCUGGGAUAUGAUAUCGCUGUCCUUUAUUAAACAGAUCGCAGGUCAUGUGACCCAGCCUCUGGUGGACGUGUCGAUCCUGCAGCGUUCUCUGGCUGUGUUGGAGAGCAUGGUGCUGAACAGUUGCACACUUUACCACCGCAUCGCUCAGGAGAUCCCCAUCACACAGCUCAUCACACACCUGCAAGUGUCCAAUCAGGAGAUCCAGACAUAUGCCAUCGCCCUGAUCAACGCUCUGUUCCUCAAAGCACCUGAGGAUAGACGCCAGGAAAUGGCCAGCACAUUGGUACAGAAGCAUUUGCGCUCCAUCAUCCUCAAUCAUGUAAUUCGAGGGAAUCGACCGAUUAAAGCAGAAAUGGCACACCAGCUUUAUGUGCUGCAGGUUUUGACCUUUAACCUUUUGGAGGAGAGAAUGAUGACCAAAAUGGACCCGAAUGAUCAGGCUCAGAGAGAUGCCCUGUUUGAGUUGCGCAGGUUGGCGUUUGAUGGUGAGAACGACCCAACGGGAACUGAGAAGAGAAAAGCUCUUUACACUAAAGACUACAAACUGCUUGGCUUUACUAAUGGUGUAAACCCUGCUCUGGAUUUCACUCAGACUCCUCCAGGACUACUGGCCCUUGAUAACAUGCUCUAUCUCGCUAAAGUUCACCCUGAUACCUACACACGGAUUGUUUUAGAGAACAGCAGUCGUGAGGAUAAACACGAGUGUCCAUUUGGUCGUUGUGUGAUUGAGCUGACGAGAAUGUUGUGUGAAAUACUGCAGGUUGGAGAACUACCAAACGAGGGGUGUAAUGAUUAUCACCCAAUGUUUUUUACCCAUGAUCGAGCAUGGGAGGAGUUUUUCUGCGUCUGCAUCCAGCUACUUAAUAAAACCUGGAAGGAGAUGAGAGCCACAACUGAGGACUUUAACAAGGUGAUGCAGGUGGUCCGUGAGCAGAUUGUACGUGUGUUAGCGAUGAAGCCACUGACUCUGGAUCAGUUGAAGGUAAAGCUGUACAGUUUGAGCUACUCAGAGAUCCUGAGACUGAGACACACUGAGAGGGUGAACCAGGAUGACUUCCACUCUGCUCCUAUCAUUGAGCUGCGUGAGAGAAUUCAGCCGGAGAUUUUGGAACUGAUUAAGCAGCAGAGACUGAACCGGCUGUGUGAGGGGAGCUGUUUCAGGAAACUCGCACACCGACGUAGACAAGAGAAGAUUUGGUUUUGUCGUUUAUCUUUGAACCAUAAAGUUCUACACUAUGGAGAUCUGGACGAAUCUCCUCAGGGUGAAGUGCCUUUCGAAAUGCUGACUGAUAAAAUUCUAGUGUGUGAUAUUAAAUCAGUGGUGACGGGAAAAGACUGUCCACACAUGAAGGAGAAAAGUGCACUGAAACAGAACAAGGAUGUUUUAGAGUUAGCCUUCUCCAUUCUCUAUGAUCCUGAUGAAACCCUGAACUUUGUGGCUCCAAGUAAAUAUGAGUACUGUAUUUGGAUGGAUGGUCUCAGUGUGUUAAUGGGGAAGGAGAUGUGCAGUGAUUUGACCCGCAGUGACCUCGACACUCUCAUUAGCAUGGAGAUGAAGCUCCGCCUCUUGGACCUGGAGAACAUUAGCAUACCAGAGGCUCCACCACCAAUUCCCAAAGAGCCCAGCAGCUACAACUUCACCUACAACUACGGCUGAGUGUGUGUGUGUCUGUGUGUGUCUGUGUGUGUCUGUGUGUGUGUGUGUGUGUGUGUGUGCAUCUGUGUUUCUAAGGUUUUCACUCAUUAUUGCCUUUUAAUAACCAUCAACAUCGCUGAAAUCAGAUUUUUACUUUCACACCACCUGGAUGUGAAUAUUAUGGGAUGUAGAUUACAUGACACUACUGAGAAUAUAAAAGUUCCAGUCCAGACUAGGAUGUCUUGAUAGGCAGCAGUUUUAGAAACCAUCUUCUAAGGGCCUUUAUUUCAGGAAAGAAUUUCCCAUAAUCACUUUUAUCUUAACAGUGUGAAUAUAACAGGGUUGUUAUAAAUGUCUAAUAAAGUCAAGAAUUUAAUAAUAAUUCUUUAGGAAUGUAAAUGUUUUUCCACGCAAGUGAUAGGUCAGAUAUAAUGUAAUGAAAUCCUCUCCAUCACUGAUGUCAAUACUAAUUAUUUUAAUUCAUUUAUAUCUAAUAUGUAAAUAUGCACAAUAUUUAAUCAGAUGAAAGUGUUUUAAAUAAAAUUAAAUCAGAUUUAAAUGAGACAACACAAACAUUUUAUCAUUAUUAUUAUAUCAGCUAUAACUGACUGAUAUAAUAAUAAUAAUAAUAAUAAUAAUAAUAAUAAUAGUAAUAAGAAGAAGAAGAAGAAGAAGAAGAAUAUAAAUAUUAAAUAAGAUUUAAUAUUAGAAGAUUUUUUGUUAAUCCAUCAAAAUGGAACUAAAAUGGGAUUUGUUGCCUGAUGUAAAUUUGUGAUUUCAUAUUUGCUUAUUUCUUUAUUUCAGUAAAUAGUUUUUGUGUUUAUUUAAGAGUAACGUAAACACUGCAUUAUUAGCUCCACCCACCAAGGGGUGUGGUCACAGCCUGAAUGCUGCUGCUUUAGAGGCUCAGUGCUCAGAAUAGAGAUUUAUAUAUUUUUGUAAAUAAUGAUGUCAUUGAGGAAAAGGACAGAAGCUUACUAAUAAACUUAAAGACAUGAUUCAUUCUGAUUUUCUUUAGAAGUUAAAUGUGUUUGUGUUUCUUCACCUUUAUGUGUUUAUUUGACUUAACAUGAGAUUUAUGAAUAUCAUUAAUCGUUUAUAGAAUUAAGAGUCUAUGAUUCAUUUGACUUUAUUAUUAUUGUUAUUGUUUGCACGCAGAUGCUAGAAUAACUGCUCAUAUAACAUAUAAUAAUAGUGUGAGUGUGUGUGUGUGUGUGUGUGUGCUGUAGUUUUAAUGGGUUUGUGUGAAUAAAUACCAAUUAAACACA